AUGUCGUCAUUUGGGUUCGGCAGAAGCCUGCCGAUUCCAAACACAAAUCAGUCAUCAAAUAAAGAUGAUAACAAUAUAACAGGAAAAUUUGAUCCCACAGCCUUGGAGCGUGGAGCCAAGGCGUUAAGGAUGCUGGACUCCUCACCUAAUGCACAAAAGGCAUUUGAACUUACAAAGCUUCAGGAAAUGACAAAGCAACAAGAGUUGCAGAUGCAAAUUGAACAGAUGAGAUUGAAGCAAGGUGAGUUGGGAACUCAAAAAGCAAGGGUUGAAAGUGAUGAGCGAAAAAAGUUACUUUCACACCAGCAGGAACAAGAAAGAAUUACAGCACAAUACAAAGCUAAGCUUGAAGAUGAAAUGUAUCAAAAGAAGCUCCACGACCAACGAAAGCAAAAUGAAGAGUGGCUACAACGUCAGCACGAACAGUUUCUAAAACAGGAACAGAUUAGAAAAAAGACAGAAACUGAGAUACUAAACAUGAAAAAAGAACACCUGAAACAAGAAAAGGAACUCGAGAGACAAAACCUCAUCGCGAAAGUUAGAGAAGAGAACAUGGGCAGAAUCAAACAAGAAAGAGAUAACUUUGAUAUUCACCUGAAAAUGAUGAAAGAACGCUCAGUUGAGGAACGCAAGACUAAAUUGGAGUCCUUGAAAACAAUCUUUUCCUCACUUGGGUCAGGAAUUUUUUCCCUACUUAAUGACAAACAACGCCUAACAUACACAGCCUUGACUCUGACCGGCUUGUCACUUGGUAUUUACUCUGCAAAAAAUGGUACUAAGGUGGCUCGAAAAGUUAUUGAGCAGAAAAUCGGGAAACCUUCACUAGUUCGUGAAACGUCCAAGUCCAUAAUAACGAAUAAUAUAAAAAGUUUCUGGGACAUAAUAAAGGGGAAGAAGAAACAAAUGAACCUGAAUGAAAUCGUCCUAAACCAUAAGUUGAGCGAACGCUUAAACUGGUCAAUUAACUCGCUCUUAAAGUGUAAAGAAAAUAAAACGCCCUACAGAAAUAUUCUACUCUACGGUCCUCCUGGUACCGGUAAAACGCUAUUUGCUAAAACACUUGCCAUGAGGAGUGGAAUGGAUUACGCCAUCAUGACUGGAGGUGAUGUUGGGCCUCUUAAAGAAGACGCUGUAACCGAAUUAAAUAAACUGUUCAAGUGGUCGAAUAAAUCUAAAAAGGGCCUAAUCCUGUUCAUUGAUGAGGCGGAGUCGUUUCUAAGACAAGGGCGCUCGACAUUGCAAGGAAUGUCCGAGAACAUUCGAAACGCUCUUUCUACAUUUUUGUACCACACUGGUAACGAGAAUAAUAAUUUUUGCCUAAUUCUCGCCACCAACGAGAAGGACAUUCUGGACAAGGCUGUGGUCGAUAGGAUUGACGAGUCCUACAACUUUGAUCUGCCCGAAGAGGAGGAGCGCAAAAGAAUGAUUAAAUUAUUCAUGGAGCAGUACGUAAUAAACCCACUUAAACGGACCUCAAAAGUCCUAAUUGAUGAGGGGAUUAACGACGAAUACUAUGAAAAGCUGGCAAAGAAAACCCAAGGGCUUUCUGGAAGACAAAUAUCAAAGUUGUGUAUAAGUCUACAAAGUGCUGUCUAUGGAAGUGGUGCGAAGAAACUUACAGUUGACCUUGCUGAUACUGUCAUUGACUGGCAUUUGAAAAAUCAAAAUGAUUAA